GUGCUUGUACGGUGACGACAUCUUCAUCAUUUUUACUUCUCAGACACAUGUCGCGCUGCCUUUGCCUUUGAAUCCCUAAUAAAUUCAGAACCAACCAAUCAUGAUGUCUAGGUAUUGUGGCCGCUUUCUACAGAGGACAGCUUCACAGCAGCUAGUUCGAUCCAAGUCCAGCGCUUCCAACCCAUCAGCAGCUGUAGGCUACCUGACAUCGGAUCAGGUCUUCGAGAGGGAGUCCCGCUAUGGCGCCCACAACUACCAUCCCCUCCCGGUGGCACUGGCGAAGGCUAAGGGUGCCAAUGUGUGGGACGUUGAAGGGAAGCGGUACCUGGACUUCCUGAGUGCCUACAGUGCGGUGAACCAGGGUCACAACCACCCCAAGAUUGUCAAGGCCAUGCAGGAACAGUCCCAAGUCCUGUCCCUGACAUCCAGGGCCUUCUACAACGAUGUCCUGGGAGAGUAUGAGGAAUACAUCACCAUGUUUGGAUAUGAUAAAGUGCUUCCCAUGAACACAGGUGUGGAGGGAGGCGAAACAGCCUGCAAGCUGGCCCGCAAAUGGGGCUACAAGGUGAAGGGCGUGCCCAAGAACACAGCCCGUAUCCUCUUCGCCGAGGGCAACUUCUGGGGUCGAACCCUGGCUGCCGUAUCGAGCUCGACAGACCCAGACUGUUACGAGGGUUUCGGACCUUACAUGCCUGGGUUUGACAUCAUUCCAUAUAAUGAUCUUGGAGCCUUAGAUAAAGCCACACAGGAUCCGACUGUUGUUGCGUACAUGGUGGAGCCGAUCCAGGGUGAGGCGGGCGUCAGGGUACCUGAUGCAGGGUAUCUCCAGGGCGUCAGAGACAUCUGCAGUAAGAACAAUGUUCUCUUUAUUGCUGAUGAAGUCCAGACAGGCCUCGCCAGGACAGGAAGACGUCUCUGUGUUGACCAUGAGAAUGUUCGUCCAGAUAUGGUCAUCCUAGGCAAGGCUCUCUCAGGAGGCAUGUAUCCUGUGUCAGCUAUUCUAGCCGAUGACGAGAUAAUGUUGACCAUCAGACCAGGAGAGCAUGGAUCUACAUAUGGAGGCAACCCACUCGCCUGCAAGAUUGCUAUGGCUGCACUCGAGGUGCUUGAGGAGGAGAAGCUAGCAGAGAAUGCGGAGCGUCUUGGAAAGAUUGUACGAUCGGAGCUAAGCACCCUAGACAAGAACAUUGUGACAUCAGUGAGAGGCAAGGGUCUUCUCAAUGCUGUCAUUAUCAAGGAAACACCACAAUACGAUGCAUGGCAGGUGUGCUUGCGUCUCCGUGACAACGGUCUCCUGGCCAAGCCCACUCAUGGUGACAUCAUCAGACUAGCCCCGCCCCUCAACCUGUCCGACGCUGAACUGCAUGAGAGCCUCGACAUCAUCAAGAAAACCAUCCUCUCCUUCUUGUAAAGGACUUAACUGCUAUGCUUUACUUCUGGGUUGGGUUUCACAAAACUCUUGCUAGUUUAACAUCAACAAGAUCCCAUUUGAAUGUAUGCAAUGAAAUUCACAUACAUUACAAUGGGAUGCCGGCAGCGCUCAAAAUACACGGGGGCGAUGGGCGAUUCGCCCCCGUGAGCUCCAUAAUCGCCCCUAUCAGGUUGUCCACGGGGGGCGAUUUCAAAAUUAAA